AUGGUCGCCGGGAUCGACGGUGGAAUUGGCGGCCACUCGGCCGAUAAGCAACAACCCGCGAGGCCAAUCACUGUCGCGUCGGCGGCGGCUGCAGGAGAUGGCGGCACCGCAGCUUCCUCGCAAGUGAAGGAGGUUCCAGCUGGCGCCGCAAUUUCCGGCGCGAAAACCGGGGUAGCAGCCGCGGCGGGGAGAGGAAACGUGGGAGUGCGGCGAUUGGAGGAACUUGAGUGGGAGAGCACGUUUGUUGACAAGCUUCCUGGGGAUCCAGUCGAAGAAAACCACGUUCGAAUAGUACCCUCACGCGCAGUGCUACGAGGGCCCCCCCACAUCCCCGCCUCCCCUCUCCACUGCCCUUUGCCCCUCCUUUACCGCGCACUCCCCCUGCCCGCUCCCGUUCUUCCCCUGUUUCUUCCCCUCACGCCUUGCAGCAAGCCCUACGCGCAGUGCUACGGGGGGCACCAGUUUGGGUCAUGGGCGGGGCAGCUGGGGGAUGGGCGCGCCAUCACACUGGGGGAAGUGGUGCUGGGGCGGGAAGGCGUGCAGGGGGAGGGCGCGCAGGGGAAGGGGUGGAGGGAGCGGUGGGAGUUGCAGCUGAAGGGGGUGGGGAAGACGCCGUACAGUAGGCACGCGGAUGGGCGCGCUGUGCUGCGCAGUUCCAUUAGAGAGUACCUCUGUAGCGAGGCCAUGGCCGCCCUGGGUGUGCCUACAACGAGGGCGCUCUCUGUUGUCACCACUGGGGAGAAGGUGCUGCGAGACAUGUUCUACAAUUACAUCACCAAGUUUGAACCAGGAGCUGCUGUGUGCCACUUGGCACCCCAUUCCCCAUCAGGCCUCUCCAUUCUCAUUGUCGCAUCCCCAUCCCCCCAUUCCCCCAUCCCCCAAUUCCCCCGCCUCCCCGUUCCCCCAUCCCCCAAUUCCCCCGCCUCCCCGUUCCCCCAUCCCCCAAUUCCCCCGCCCCCCCGCCCCCCCGUUCCCCCAUCCCCCAAUUCCCCCGCCCCCCCGUUCUCCCAUCCCCCUCUGAACGCCAGUGGCAACGCCAAGUUCGAGCCAGGAGCUGCUGUGUGCAGCGUGGCACCCUCCUUCAUCAGGCCGGCCCCAUAUCCUCAUCCUGGCAACGCCAAGUUCGAGCCAGGAGCUGCUGUGUGCCGCGUGGCGCCUUCCUUCAUCAGGUUCGGCUCGUUCCAGCUCCAUGCCUCCCGGGGAGGUUUGGACAAGGAGAUGGUUCGGGUGCUGGCGGACUACACCAUUCUGCACCACUUCCCGCACCUGGCCGACCUCCCCGAGCCUCCAGUGCAGGUCCGGGAGCCAGGCUCGGAGGAGGACGAGGAGGUUGGGGAUCCCGAUGCUGUGGAUGUGACGACAAACAAGUAUGCAGCCUGGUUUGCUGAAGCACCAAGGAGCGCAGGCGAGCUCGUUGCAGCGUGGCAGGGGGUGGGGUUCACGCACGGCGUGCUCAACACGGACAACAUGAGCAUUCUCGGCCUCGCCAUCUCCCUGUCCUCCCCCUUCCCAUGUCCUUCCCCCGUGUCACCAGCGUGGUUCGCUCAAGUAGCAGCAAGCACGGGAGAGCUCGUCGCGGCAUGGCAGGGGGUGGGGUUCACGCACGGGGUGCUCAACACGGACAACAUGAGCAUUCUCGGUCUCACCAUUGACUACGGCCCCUUCGGGUUCCUUGAUGCCUUUGACCCGGAUUUUACCCCCAACACGUCGGACAUGCCCGGGAGGAGAUACUGCUUCCGGCAGCAGCCGGAUAUUGGGCUGUGGAACGUGGUGCAGCUGGCCAAUACGCUCGUGACAGGUGGCAUAAUUGGAGUGGCCGAGGCGCAGCACGGGGUGUCCAGGCAUGUUUCAGCCGUAGGGCAUUCCCUAGUGUCCUUUCUCUCAGCCUACCAGCAGCGCAUGGCGGCCAAGCUGGGUGUGCCAUCAUACGACAAGGACCUCACCCAGUCGCUUCUGCAACUCAUGGCCAUGAGCGGAGCACCAACACUACGCGGAGGCAUUCCUGUCAGCCUACCAGCAGCGUAUGGCAGCAAAGCUGGGUACGCGGAGGCAUUCCUGUCAGCCUACCAGCAGCGCAUGGCAGCAAAGCUGGGUCUGCCAUCAUACGAAAAGGACUUGACUCAGUCGCUGCUGCAGCUCAUGGCCAAACAUGGCGCUGACUUCACCAACACCUUCCGUGCCCUUGCUCGUGUUCCUGCUGAACGAGGUGGAGCCCUCGCCCGCGUGCCCGCUGAAAGGGAUGGGUCCUCUAGCGGAUUUGCUGUUGGGAGUAGUGGUCGUGGGGGCAGUGGGGGUAGUGGGAGUACUGGGGGCAGUGGGGCCAGUGGGGGUAGUGCGGUAAACUUUUCAGACGCUGACCUGCUGGCGCCAAUGAGGGGGGCGCUGGGGUUGCAGGAGGGGGCAGGGAAGGAAGGGGAGAAAGAGAAGGAAUGGGUGGACUGGCUCCGGCUUUAUACUGCCAAGCUACGGGCUGAAAAGGUUUCAGAUGCUGCCCGGCGGGCAGCUAUGGAUGCAGUCAACCCAGCUUACAUCCUCCGCAACUACCAAUGCCAGCUGGCGAUCGAGGCAGCUGAACACGGAGAUUUCAGCGUUACACAGCGGUUACAGGAAGUGUUGCAGAAUCCUUAUAAGGAGCAAGCAGGGGCUGAGGAAUUUGCCCAGCCCCCUCCUGAGUGGGCACUCAAGCCUGGGGUUUGCAUGCUCUCGUGUUCUUCUUGA